AUGUCUGAAAAAAAUCAAUUUCAAGUUGAUCAAGCUCAACAAGUUCAUGAAAUUAAUGAUAAUGGUUCAAGUUCUGAUAUAGUUAAAGAAAAAACAAAUUUAUCAGAUUCUGAAAAAGAAACUCCAUUAUAUAUUAAUGAUGAUACUGAUACUUCAUCUCAACAUAAAGUUUAUCAUUCCAGAGGUGUUCAAAGAGCUGAAAAUGUUAAAGUUUUGAUGGAUUCAACUAAAAAUGGUAAAUUUUUUAGAAUUAUUAUGAGUAUUUCCCUUUUAAUUUGUGCUUGGGUUUAUACUUUAGAUUCUUCAACAACUUAUAAUUAUGGUCCUUAUGCAACUUCACAAUUUAAUAAACAUUCAAUGCUUUCAACUUUACAAAUUGCAACUAAAAUUAUGGGUUCAGUUUGCAAACCAAUGUUGGCUAAAUUUUCUGAUGUUACUUCAAGACCUGCAACUUAUAUCUUAGCUUUAGUUUUAUAUACUUUAGGUUAUAUCGUUGUUGCUUCAUCAAAAACAAUUAGUGCUUAUAUCAUUGGUGAAGUAUUUGUUGCAAUUGGUGGUUCAGGUAUCUCAUUAAUGAAUUCAAUCAUUGCCGCUGAUUUAACUCCAUUAAAAUAUAGAGGUUUAUUAAUUGGUAUUUUAGGUUCUCCUUACUUAAUUACUACAUGGUUUUCAGGUUUAAUUGUGGAAGCUAUCUUGGGUCGUGAUCAUUGGAGAUGGGGUUAUGGUAUGUUUGCCAUUAUUAUGCCUGUUGCAAUUUCUCCAGCUAUUAUUAUUAUGAUGUGGUUAGAUAAUAAAGCUGAUAAAUUAGCUAAAGAAAAUGCUAAAUUAAAUGCACCUGAAACUUUAAUUUCAACAGAAUCAAUUACAUUUACUCAAAUGACAAGACAAGAAAAAUUAAAAUUUAUAUGGCAACAAACUUUAGAAAUUGAUUUAAUUGGUUUAAUCUUGAUGGGUUUUGGUUGGUCUCUUUUAUUAUUACCAUUUUCAUUAUAUAAGAAUGCUGAUAAUCAAUGGAAAAAUCCUUCAAUGAUUGCCAUGAUUGUUGUUGGUGGUAUUUUUUUAAUCAUUUAUACAAUUUAUGAAUUUACUUGGGCUCCUUAUCCAUCAAUGCCAAAAAGAGUGUUAAUUAAUAGAACUUUUAUGACUGCAGUUUGUGUUGAUUUUUUCUAUAUGUUUGGUGGUAUGUUGAAAACUUUAUAUUUUUCUUCAUAUGUUUAUGUUAUUAAAGAUUGGUCAUAUCAAAAUUGGACUUAUUAUAAUAAUACAAUGACUAUGGGUCUUUGUUUCUUUGGUGUUAUUGUUGGAAUUAUUCAAAGAUAUACUCAACGUACUAAAUGGUUGCAAGUUUUCGGGUUAGCUCUUCAAAUCGUUGCAAAAGGUAUUGUUUUCUGGGCUCGUUAUGAUAAUGCUUCAACUGCUGCCUUAGUUUGGGUUCAAUUAUUAAUUGGUAUCGGUGGUGCAUGUUCUGUUGUUGGUUCACAAGUUGCAUCUCAAGCUUCAGUUCCUCAUCAAGAUACUGCAUUAGUUAUUUCUCUUUUAUCACAAUGGUCAUCAAUUGGUAAUGCUAUUGGUUCAGCUGUUGGUUCAGCAAUUUGGUCAAAUAAAGUUCCAUAUUAUUUAAGAAAAAAUUUACCAUCAUCAGUUACAGAUAAAGAAAUUGCAGGAUUAUUUGGAUCAAUUACCAAGAUUCGUAAUUAUCCAUGGGAUUCAGAAAUUAGACAAGGUGCAGUUAAAUCAUAUUUUGAUGCAGUUUAUUAUUUAUAUAUCCCAGCAUUAGGUAUUGCAUUUAUUCCAUUAAUUGUUGCAUUAUUCCAAAAAAAUUUCUAUUUAGGUGAUCAUCAAAAUGCUGUUGAGCAUAAAAAUGUUGAUCCAAGAUCUGGUCAAAAACCAACUGGAUUUUUUGGUAAAAUUAAGGCAUUUUUCGAUGAACCUUUAACAAGAACUUAUGCUUAG